AUAGGGCACUGGGAGGGGACAGCUGCUGAGGGGACAUCCAGGACCGGACUGAAUCUGUUUCCUUUGCCUAAGCCAUGCAACUUUGUGGGAGUGGCACGCUGCUGACUGGGACAGACAUUGACGAGUCUCAGAAGCAGCUGAAGAAGAAGCAGAAGAACCGGCUGGCUGCCCAGCGCAGCCGGCAGAAGCACACCAGUAAGGCAGAUGCUCUGCACCAGCAGCACGAAUCCUUGGAGAAACAAAACCAUGCCCUUCGGAAGGAGAUCCAGGCCUUGCAGUCUGAGCUGGCAGGGUGGGCCCGGACACUGCAUUUGCAUGAACGCCUGUGUGGAGUGGACUGUGGUCCCUGCUCUGCUCUGCUGCCCUCUGGAUGUCCAGUCCAGGCCAAGCAACUCUCAGGACAACCUGCCCCUCAUGGAUACCACGGCUGCCAGGAACAAUUGGGCCUGUUCCAGACUCCUGGCUCCUCUCCCCGAGCUCAGCAUCUCUCUCCAGGUCCAUGCUAUCAUGAAUCUCCUGGCUUCCUUCCUUUCCCCUUGCCCUCACUGGCCUUUGAUCCUCUCACAGUGAGGACACCUCUAGCUCAGCUCUCCCCCAGCCCUGUCCUGUCUGCAUCAUCAUCUUCUGGCUCCAGCCUGCUGGAGUCUUUCUCUAAGUUUGACGCCCUCAUACCAAGCUCCUCAGACCAGCUGAUCCCUCCACAACCCCUCAGGCUGGAGCAGCCCACCAGUGGGAGGCUAGUAUCCUCUGACUCUCCAGCUGCUCUGGGACCAGAGUGUCCACAGAACAGAGAGCAUUUGCCUACACUGUCUGGCUCCUCUACUCAUUGGCAGAAGUCACCUGUAGCCCCUAGCCCACAGGCCCUCAUGGCCUUCCCCCUGCUCUCUUCUGCAAAAGUCCACUUCUAGCCUAUGUUAAGAGAGGUGCUGCCUUACCAGGGUUCUUGAGGUCGCCUGAGCACCCAGGUAGCUCCUCCAUUUCUGCUCUUCCUGAGUUACUGCCUACCACACGGACCACACAAAGCUAUCCUGUCCCUUACCACCGCAAAAGACGAUGGGAAGGCCAAGUGCAAGAACCUUGAACCUGGCUGGAACAUUGUCUGUGUCCUUGGCAGCACUCCCAACUCUGCACAGUAUCUGCACACUACCACUGGGCUCCCCCAAAAUGGCUCCUUCAUGACUCUUGGGACUACUGUGGCCAUGAUAGCUAGGAGAGUAAGUGGGAUCUCUGCAGGGUUAUCAGCUCUGAAAGGGUGGUCAUUCACAGCACCCCAAAGUGCCUCAAGCUCUUCACCAGGUUUUCACACAUGGAACUGAGUGAGACAGUGUGUCAGAAGUGGACCCACGCGUGGAUCAGAACACACAUCUUGGCAUAUGGGAUGGUAAAUAAAGUUUUUCUCCCGCCUCUU